AGCGCUAGGAAGCGGAUGCCUUCGACCAAUCUGAAUCCUGUUGCUGCUACUGAAAAGGCCCUUUCAGGAGGUAAACGAAAGAGAAAGAAGAAGCGUAAGCUAGCCGCAGCACGGGCUGCCAACACCACUCCAAAGAGGACAAAAAAGAGUAUUUCAUCUGAGGAAGAGGAUCGAGGAGGGGAGUGGCGGUUCCAGACAAAACGACAGGUCUGGAUUUUAAAGCACUUGUACUCGCAAAAUGUCAUCGACAAAACGUUUUUCAAAAAACUAGUGUUGCCAUACAUAAGUACCUUGCACGGUGGCGCCAAAGAGCGUGUUCUUACAGAGGCACAAGGGUAUUUGCAGAGGGAGGCUGGACCUGUGAGAUCUGAUCUUGAAAGCGAGGAAGACAAGGAGGGGAGGGGCGAGGGCGGGGAGAAAGGAAGUGACCGUCGUGACUCACAGGGGAUGACUGAGGUUGGCGAGAGCACCAACCGAGUCAGGAGGAAACGCGCGAAAAAAAUAGUUGCGGCAUUGGCAGAUGCAGAAGGUGCCAAAGACGAGGAAAGCACAAAGUAA